CAUGAAGUAAACACGAAACACCACGAAAUAUGUCUUCGAUAGAAAAGUUGUUGAUACGUGGAAUACGUUCUUUUGAAUCGGAUUCAGGAGAGGCGGCAACCAUCACGUUCUUUUCGCCUCUGACCCUAAUCACAGGGCACAAUGGCUCCGGGAAAACCACAGUUAUUGAAUGCUUGAAGUAUGCUACCACUGGAGACAUGCCUCCAGGUAGUAAAGGAGGUGCCUUUGUUAAUGAUCCAAAGAUGUCUGAUAGCCCAAGUAUUAAGGCACAGGUUCGUCUUCGUUUCAAGAACGUCAACAACCAGACCAUGAGCAUUGUUCGCUCUUUGUCUGUCACUGUAAAGAAGACUGCCUAUACGCAAAAGACACUCGAAAAUGUGUUAGCUGCAGUAGAUCCGCAGACAGGAGAGCUUGUCACAAUUAGCGCUAAAUGCGCAGAGUUAGAUGCUGAUGUUCCAAACCAUCUGGGAGUCUCGCGCGCUAUCCUGGAUAAUGUGAUUUUCUGCCAUCAAGAAGAGUCUAACUGGCCUCUCUCUGAACCGAGUGUACUAAAAAAGAAAUUUGACGACAUCUUUGCUUCAACAAAGUACACCAAUGUAUUGGACUCAAUUAAAGGCAUCAGGAAGGAAAAGGCGCAGGAUCUUAAGGUUAUGCAUACUAGUCUUGAGUUCAUUCGCAGAAAUAAGGAAAAAGCCGAAAAGAUUCGAGAAGCGCUCUCGAAGAAUAUUGAAAAUACUGAGAAAGCACAGCAGAGGAUUGAACAGCUUGAACUUGAAAUUGACAAAUGCGCAGACGAUGUCAGUCGACUUAUGGAAAAAACAAAGGAGCUUCAGUCGGUCGAAGCGACUCUAAGCACUCUAUCUCACGAGCGUCGGGCAGUUUUGGCAAAUAUUCAGGAAUUAGAGGGAACUUUUACUCUCUAUACAGAAUCUGAUUCUGAGUUGCAGGAAAUGCUGUAUAAAUACGAUCUUAAUCUCAAGACUGCUGAUCAAGAAAAGGCAAAGCACGAAAGAGCAAGGCAGCAGGCUUCAAGUCACAUUGCAAACCUGCAGACAUCAGUGAAUAACAAUCAGCAAAUUAUUGGGCAGCUUAAAGCUCAACUGGACUCAAACAAAAAGAAACAAGCGGAAAGAGACUGCUUGGUCAAAGAGUUGGCUGAUCUUUACUUGUACAAGGGGUUUGAAUCCAUGCCCUUUUUGAGUUCCGACAUAUCAAGGUUUGUCACCAAAUUAGACUUUGAUAUACAACAAAAGAUAGCAGCUAUGGAGCGGAUCAAAAGCGAGAAUAGAGCUAAGGAACAAGAGAUACGGUCGCAAAUCGCAGACAAGAAGGCUAGGAUUGACAUGUCAUCUUCGUUACGGUCAAAGACUCAGGCAGCAUUAUCAACAGCACAAAGCAAGUUACAAAUGCAGAACAUGGAGCUGUCGAAAUACAGCUCUACUGAAGUUGAUAUCGAAGCUAACAAGAAGCUGAUAUCGGAGCAGGAGGCUGAGCUGACAAUAUUGGUAUCUACUGAGCCCGGACUGCAGUCACUGGAGUCUCAAAAAAGAUCUAAAAUGGCAGACGUUGAGGCAUUCGAGAAUGAUUUAUCAAGGAUCAGUGACAUGAGUGCCGUGCAGAUAAAGAAUGCAGGCGCCCAGGCAAGACUGACAUUACUCAAAACCAAGUAUAACCAGCGUGUUGAGCAAAUACAAUCCAUAUUGAAAGAGAAUUCAAGUGAACUUUUGAAGGUCUUAAAGCAAACCCCUGCACCUGAAAGUCUUGAGACAAUUCUAACACCCAUUUUAAAAGAGAAGGAUUCAGCCUCUCAAGCAGCCAGGGAUGCCUUGGAAAAGUGUAGGCGUGAGAGUUCUGCGUAUGAUAUUCGGAUUGAGAACAUCAGAUCACAACUGCAAAAAGACACAAAAACGCUUCAAGACUGUGAAACCCAGAUUGCCGAAAAAUGCGGCUCUGAAUCCCUUCCGGAACUUCUGUCAUCUAAGGAAGAGGCAGUUGUCGAAUUGCGUGAACAUGUGCAAGAUAUAAAAACGAUGAGCACCAUGUAUGGACGUUUUGUGAUAAUGGCAGAGAAAAAACAUGCAUGUCCUCUUUGCUCCCGUGGAUUCGAUCAGGCAUUGGAAACACAGUUCACGGCCAAGCUCCGUAGAUUGAUGGAAAAAGCAGAAAACGAUGAUGAGCAGGAGUUGGUUGCUACGGAAGCAAGUUUAGCUACGCUACGCUCUUUAAAAUCAGUGUGGGAUACUGCAGAACGUUUGAGAACAGCCGAUAUACCAGCCCUUAAUGCACAGCUUGGCGAGCUUGAAGAGAAGAAAGCAGCUGCUGAAAAGAUAUUGGAAGCGGCCAAUAUAAACGCAGCAACAGCGGGUGUUGAAUUGGAAGGGGCGCGUCGGCUCAUCUCUAUUGCGAAAGAGGUAACGGAGCUAUGUAAAGAAAAUGAAAAGGACGCAUCACUUAUUGGAGGCCUUGAAACAGAACUCUUAAUUGCAGGAUCGACGCAUUCUUCUGAAGAACUUCAAGCGGAGCAUAGCCUUAUCAAGCAGAAGGUUCAGAGUGCGCGCCAUGACUUAAACGAUCUACAGCAGAAGAUUUCUCAAUUGGCAGUCCAAAUACAGAAGAAAGAGAAGAUCAUCCAGUCCUUGCACGAGAAACAUGGCCAACUUUUGAAUCACCGCGAACGCUUCGAGCAAAUCAACAGGCAGAUCAAGGAAACCGAGACAGCUAUUCAGGCUUUGAAGACAGAACUUGAGCAGCAUGACACUGAAAACCAAGUUGUACAACCAGAACUUAACAGGCUAAACGACCUGUUGCGGCAAAUAACAGAAGAAGGCCAUGAUAAAGAAGUGAGUAUACAACAAACUGUCUCGGAGCUGCAAAAGGAGCUAGGAAGAGUUCAAAUGUAUAAUAAGGACAUCGAGCGUGUAGAUACAAAAGCUACUAUGACUCAGCUUUCUAAACUGGAAGCUGCCACAGACAAUUACCUUGAGGAAAUCCAACAGCAAAAUGAUCAGCUCCACGCGGUAGAAAAACAAAUGCAGGAGUUGCAAGGGCAGUUAGCAGAUGUCAAGAAUAUCCAGCGCAGCGUUGAUGACAAUCUGCGUUACAGGCGAUACAGAGCUAAAGUGAAAGAGCUUGAGGAGAAGAUUGCAGAAGUUGAUCGAAAAAAGGAUCGUGAGGCGCAAGCAACGUAUUCCCGACAGUUGCAUCGAUUAAGCCAAAGGCAGUCAGAUCUCACAUCUGAGAGAGCUGGCUUGAUAGGUGAGCUACGACAACUGCAGGAUCAGAAAAAAUCAUACGAAGCGGAACUCAGCGGGGAAUAUAGAGAUGUGGUCCAAAAGUAUCACGACAGCCUGAUUAGCUACAAGACAACAGAACUAGCUUUGCAGGAUCUGGAGAAGUAUGCCAAGGCUCUCCAGAGCGCGAUUGUUGAAUAUCACUCCAUGAAAAUGGAGGAAAUUAACAAAACUAUCAAAGAGUUAUGGACCAACACAUAUCGUGGCACGGACAUUGAUACGAUAGAAAUUCGAUCUGAUCAAGAGGGACUUAGAGCCAACCAGUCGUACAAUUACAGGGUGGUAAUGAUUCAAAGAGGUCGGGCCCUUGACAUGCGUGGUCGCUGUAGUGCUGGUCAGAAAGUGCUCGCAUCCAUUAUCAUCCGGUUAGCACUUGCGGAGUCAUUCUCGCUAAACUGCGGCAUUCUGGCACUUGACGAACCCACAACCAACUUGGAUGAAGCCAACGUUGUCCAGCUGGCGCAAAGCCUUCGAAUGAUCAUUGAUAGACAUCGACAACAAACUAACUUCCAACUGAUUGUCAUCACACAUGACGAGCAGUUUUUGAAGAUGCUUAAUUUGUCAGACUAUGUUGAUUACUACUACCGAGUCCAUAAGAAUGCAGACUAUGUACGACAAGAAAACCGAGAUGCUGCAGAGAUUACUCGUUCACUGGCUGUGUCUAAGGCAGCAGAUGAGGUAUCGAGCAUAUACCAGUAUGCCAUGCAUGCAUUUGCAGAGGCAUUAGAGGCUAUUCCACUUGCCCUUGCUGGGAACUCUGGUUUACCGCCUAUUGAGACGCUAGCCGAAGUUGUCACGGCAAGUGACAGAAAACAAUUGUCGACUAGGUGUUGAUUGUUUAUACAAGGGUACAAAUGACAUGAAGGAGCAGUUUGCGUAUGAUCCUCUGAUCUUUAAGAGACAGCAGAUCUUGCUUGUGACACAAUUGGGAAGCAUAUUCUCAAGGUGGGUGGUAUUAUCGAGAGUCAUCAUGAGUGAUGGCAAGUUACUUGGCAGAGUAGAGGAAACUAUGGGGAUGUGGGGGGUUCAACGCUUAAAUACAUGAAUAAUG